AUGCGUUUGCACUCGAUUUCUAAACCUCGUCAACUAGCUUUACUAUUAUGGGUUUGCAUCCGCUUCGCUUCCACCAUGAGAUACGUUGAAACCACUUCAGCAAAAAUCAUCGCAACCCUUCUCCAGAGGUCAGCAACCUAUCGACCGGAAAGUUACAACAAUCUUUCGCUACUCCAAAUUUUGAAGCCUGCGGAAGCCUUAUUCGCGGCAAGCAAACGCAUGGCUCAUGACACCAAGGCCGCGUUGCUAAUCUAUCUAGUGCAACAUUUGGUUAUAACAGCUUUUUAUCUUCCCACUUCAAUAAUUGUCUUGCGACGCCUACGCCAAAAAACUUGCGAUCAGAACACUCUGGCCUCUAAUUCCGUUGAGCUCUCUAGCCCAAACCACCAAAAAGCUAUGGUCCAAGUGAGAAAGCGGCUCAUAAAUCACGCCUUUUUGAUUUGCCUCGAUGAGUUUCUGUACUUGCCACCGCUUGUGUAUUUGUUCUUCUUUGCAAAAGGCAAUAACUUCCAAAGUGAUCCGACAUGGACUCUAAUAGAACAAGUUAUCAUUCAUGGACCGCCCGCCAUCAUAGGAAAUAUUAUUCUGGCCUUUUUGAUCCAGAAUACUUUGUAUGGCACUCGAAAAUGCAAAGAUUCGACAAUCGUUCAGCCUCAAGUGGAAAUUCUGCCGCACUAUCCAGCUGAAAAUGGAAAAAUGGAUGAGGUGAUGAGAUCAGUUUCUUAUUAG